AUGGCAACGGUCUCUUUCUCGAUCCCGAUCCUCUCCAUCCCACUUUACUACCUCCUCGCGAUACUCCCUCAUGGAUAUGCGAUCAGCAAAGCCAGCCAAGGCGACCUCAAGAAACAUGACAAUCGCAACCCCAGAGGCAGCACCCAGCUCGAGAACAUCAAGAAACGCCUGACGCCAAAAGAGUUCGCAGCGUUCGAGCGCGGAGAGUCAUGCCACAGAAACCACCUAGAGAACAUGCCUCUGUAUGUUGCGACACUGUUCGCCGGCAUGCUGGCUGAGAAUCGUGUUGGUGAAGGAGAGCUGGGGCUGAUCAACUUCGUGGUCGGAUGGAUGGUGAUCAGGACGUUGUAUACCGUGAACUAUUUGGCGACGGAGCAGAGCCAGGGCUGGACGCAGGUGAGGAGUUUGCUGUACUUCCUCGGCACGGGCUGGUCAUUCUUGAUUCUGGGACGGGCAGCAUUUGCGUUGGCGUGA